AUGGCUGGAGAAAAAGGAGGAGGAAAGGAGACUGGGGGAGCUCAACUAAAAAGGAUGGAAUCGUUGGAGACGGAACUAGGGAUCUUGUAUGAUCGGUUGGAAACUCAAGGCAACCAGAUCCAACAUCAGGCGGACUCCAUAGCUUCCAUCCAGUUGAAGAUGGAUCAACGGUUCCAAGAAUCGUUCAACAAGAGACAAGGAGAAGAAAGCAAUGGAGGAGGAACCCAACGUUACACCCGUUGUGUCUCUUGUGGAGACACCUAG